AUGACUACAAAUAAUAAUAAUAAUAAAAACAAUGUAAACAACAACAACAAUAACAAUACAAAUAAACCAAAAGCAAGUCUUUGGGAAAGAUGGAUUGUAUGUUAUCAAAGUCAAUCUAUUGAUUCGGUAGUUUUAAAUUUAAAAUAUUAUCGUAAGCCUGCCGGUCAGCGUGUUACAGUCACUCGUAAUGGUGUGGUAAUCGAAGGUGGUCCAGAUAACAUCAAACCAAAUCAAAAUCAAUCUGAGACAUCAACAACAACAACAACACCAACAGCAGACAUCUCAACUGAAAACAAAUAG